GCUGCGCCUCCCACACCUCACUCUUCUGUUCUGUCAGCUGAAGAGAGAGACAAAGGGGGUUUUGGCUUUGCGGCUGAGGCAGCUCCUAUUCCUUGGUAGCCGCAACCUAAUCUCAAUCGCAAUCAAUCAUCUCUCGUCGUCGGUGUAUUGCGCCGACGUCGUUUUAGCCUCUCUUCUCUCCUAGAAUACAUACAUUUAUUCUGAACCAUUAUGGGCAAUGGUCCAGCACCAUUUUCUGACAUUGGCAAAAGGGCAAAAGAUCUUUUGUACAAGGAUUACAACUUUGAUCAGAAGUUUAGCUUGUCAAUUCCUAGCACCACUGGAUUGGGCCUUGUAGCUACCGGAUUGAAGAAGGAUCAAAUUUUUGUUGGUGACAUAAACACCCUUUACAAGAGUGGAAAUACUAUAGUGGAUGUGAAAGUUGAUACAUACUCUAAUGUAACUACAAAAAUCACGGUGAAUGAUAUCUUGCAUGGUACUAAAGCUGCUUUGAGCUUCAAUAUACCUGAUCACAAGUCUGGGAAGCUGUAUGUGCAUUAUGUUCAUCCUCAUGCUGCCAUUGAUUCUAGUAUUGGCUUGAAUCCAUCCCCUCAAUUGGAGGUUUCUGCUGCAAUUGGCAGCAAGGAUCUUUGUUUGGGUGCUGAAGUCGGAUUUAACACCACUUCUGCUUCAUUUACAAAAUACAAUGCUGGAAUUGCUUUCAAUAGACCAGAUUUUUCUGCAGCUCUUAUGUUGGCUGACAAAGGACAGAACUUGAAGGCAUCCUAUAUUCAUUAUGUGGAUCGCCCAGAUGGAUUAACAGUAGCUGCUGAAAUUACUCAUAGGUUUUCUAGCUUUGAAAACAGAUUUACUAUUGGAAGUUCACAGUCAAUAGAUCCAGUUACAGUCUUAAAAACUAGAUUCAGUGACGAUGGAAAAGCUGCUCUCCAAGUCCAGCGAGCAUGGAAGCCGAAUUCACUAAUAACCCUAUCUGCUGAAUAUGACUCCACAAAAAUCUUUGGUUCAUCUACAAGGCUUGGUCUUGGUCUUGCUCUCAAGCCAUAAAUCUCUUUUGUCUGACGAUCUAUUCUUCUUUGGUGAUUUUAUCCUUCCAUCUCAUCGGUUUUAUAUUGUUUCCAAAACUCAUGUUGGGUGUUUAAACCCUAUCAUAUCGUCAUCAUAAGUCAAAUCAAAGGAUAAAUUGUAUUUGUUAAAUCCUCUACAGCGGACAAGGGGAAAGAGGACCCAAUUUUGAAACAUACACAUAAUGCCUAGAGACUUGAGUUUUUUUAGUA